UAAGGAUUUAAUAAAAAGAAAACAGACUGUCUUCACAAAGAGGAAAUUGGUGGAGUCCCCCUAAAAUUACACAAGCCUGAGUGGAGAAAAAAUGAUGUGUAAACCCUUACACAUGCACGUAUACAGGGAGUAUCAUUUCAGUGACUUAUUACAUCCUUUUAACAGCCCUUCUGCUGCUUUGCUUGUUUUCAUUUCUUAACUUCCUGGAUGUGCUUUGAGUGUGGGUCGUGCAGGCCAGCACUCACUACAUGGAGCCCGGAUGAUUGGGGAAGAUUUGGGGAUGGUGGAUGGUUGAGUGGUUAAAUGGAUGAAUGAAAUGAGUCAUGGGCUGUGGAAUCUGUUCAUAAAACACAGAAAAAAAACCACACAAAAAUGAAACACAGAAACAUCCCUGGAGGAGCUGGAGUUUGAUGCCACAUAUAGUGUUUUUCAAGCUGUAUACUUCAGAGCAUGUUGGUAGUUGAUCUUGUUGUUUUUUCCUCUCUACAGAUUAUAUCAUCUUCUGAUACAGAAAAAAAAAUCAUUGUGAAGUUUAAUCCAGCCUUCCCUGUACCUCCAAACCAACACCCUCCUCAUUUCCAGCAUGAUAGGGGAUGCUGUCCCAGCCCCCCAGCAGGGGGGCCCAGCUGCUGCAGAACCCAGCCCCAGUACCACCCCAGGGGAACCCAUGGAUGUGGAAUGUCCCAUCUGCUACCAGGAGUACAACCAGUACAACAAAUGUCCCCGGAUGCUGGAGUGUCUCCAUGUCUUCUGCACCGAGUGCCUCCAGAGGAUCCAGCUAUGCCCCUCUGAGCCCCCCGACGCCCGCAGCCCACCAGCCAUCCCCUGCCCCCUCUGUCGCCACCUCACCCCCCUGGAGGCCGGGGAUGCCCUCUCCUUACCCUGCAACUCCCACAUCCUGGCCAGGCUGCCCCCCGUGGCCUUCCGCCUGCCCGUGGCCAUGACGACUCGCCUGGCCACCGUCACCCAGAGGGUGGUGCUCUCCCUGGAGGGUGACAGCAGAGACACCCGCUUCAUCAUCCUGCCCACCGUCAGCCUCCGGGUACAGCAGAUGCACCCGGAGAGGCCGUACGGCACAGCGCCAGGCCUGAUGGGGGAAGAGGAAGUCAUACAGCAGAGCAAGAAGACACUGUUCUGUGUGCAGCUGCUGGCUGUUAUCUUCUGGGUGCUGUUUGUGAUCACCUGUGUGGUCGGGGUGGUGUUUGGACCACAUUUCUUAAACAGGAAAUUUUAAUUUAUCUCCAUGUCUUCAUAGCAGAUAUAGAUCUUGAUCUAAAGUCAUGAUAUGAAAGCACUGUAAAUAGUAUGAAUCUGACACUGUAUAUAGUCUUACAGAAAAAAUAAAACACAGAAUGUUAUUAUAUUAUAUUUCUAUGAACAUAUAUUUUCACUGCUAUGGUGGUUACUCACCUUGUAGUAACUUAUUUACUAGAAAACAACCAUUUACUGCACUGUAUUGAGUUGCUCUUUCAUUAAUGAUAGCUUGAUGAAGAGUUCCCUCUAGUGGAUUGAUUGGAAAUGAACUGAACUGAUAACUAAAUUAAAAAAUUAAAAAAACAAACAUACAUAUUCUUUCUUUUGUUGCUUAGGUUUGAGCUGUUACCCAUCUUUCUCUUA